AGAACGUAGGGUUUGGGUUUUCACUGUUUCUGCUAUUUCGUUCGCGGGUAUUUGUUACCAAUAACCAACCCACUAUGCCCAGGUACCGGAGCCGGAGCAGAAGUUACAGUCCUCGCCGGCGUAGCAGAAGCCCCCCACGCGAGCGGAAGCGGUACGACGACAACGACGACUCUCGAAACCGGUACCACGAAAGCAGGUCUUACAGGGACCGUCGCUCUCCUGCUCCUUCUGGAUUACUCGUGCGUAAUCUCCCCCUUGACGCUAGACCGGAAGAUCUUAGGACCCCGUUUGAGCGAUUUGGUCCUGUUAAGGAUGUGUAUCUGCCGAAGAACUACUACACUGGGGAACCCCGAGGAUUUGGAUUUGUGAAGUUUCGAUUUUCAGAAGAUGCAAUUGAAGCAAAACAACAGCUAAAUCAUACAGUUAUAGGUGGACGGGAGAUACGAAUUGUUUUUGCUGAGGAGAACAGAAAAACUCCUCAAGAAAUGCGAUCGACUUCACGCUCAAGUGGCAGAAGCUACAGAAGGCGUUCUCCAGGAAGGUCUCCUAGACGUCGAAAUCGUUCUUACUCACGCUCACCUUCACCUGCCAGGCAUGACUCAAGGAACCAUGGGGCAAGGGGCGAGCAUUACUCUCCUGCACGAUCUAGGUCAAUUUCACAAUCUCGUUUCCCUCAUGACAAACGGGAUUACAGCCAAUCUCCGAGGCCAAAGGAGAAUGGUCGGAGCUCUCGUGAAGUGAACAUUGCACGCAGUGGGUCAAGGAGUCCAAGGUCUGCUAGCCGCAGUCCUUCUGGAUCUCGUUCACGAUCCUAUAGUCCUCGCUGAUGGAUGCAUUUGGGUUUGCACGGAGCUUCCUGAAGAUAUGUUAGCGCCUUCGGUUGUGGCCCAAUGAAGUAUGCUAUUCCAUGCCAUGCAGUUGCUUAAAGAAUUCACUUUAUUAUAUGCGAGUCUGGAGGGCUGGACUUGAGUUGUGGAUUGAAGAACAGUGAGUGUAAUCGUGGUGUUUCUCAAGCUGUUAACUUGAUGUGAAUGAAUGCUGGUAGACUACUUCUUGACCUGUCCUUUACUGGAUCUACAAUUUUGGGUUCAGCUGUGGGUUUCGACUUUACUCUUGAAUAUGUCUGAGUGGCUGUAUUUGAUGAUACCAUAGGUUUAUUAAAAACUUGUCAUGUUUGAGUAUAUUAACCAGUAAGUUCGGGCCGAAA